GCAUAAAAUGAUGAAAUUAUUAUAACGUUGAAGAUGGAGUGAAUUGUUUUUGCGAAUGUGCUAGCAUGUGGUAUACGAACAAUUCAAAAUUUUGAUUCUUCAAUCUAUUUUUACUUAACAAUUGUAAAAUUACCAAAUUUAUCCAAAUGUCGGUACUUAUUUCCCCGAUGAUGUGACUAUGGCGAUGACAACAAUGACAAUGUUAUUCCAAACUAAAAAUCUAAUGGUAACUAGUUGUGUGAUUGGAUGUGAAAAUUGAAAGUUCCCAAAAAAGACGAGUCGUGACACGCUGAUGCAGAGUUGUCAAUGUAUACGUACGGUGGUCUCUGCGGUUGAUCGAAGAUUCGUAAAGCCAGCUACAGGACUCUAGUCCCCAGGCUAUACCCCAGCUACAAAGUCUCGCGAGCUCGCGCCCUCUCACUAAGUAAUAUAGUUCAGUUAAUAGACCCCGCGGCGAGUCAAAGAAACUAUUCACAAAUGCGCUCACCGAAGGCAUUGCAAAUGCUCCCUCGCUUGCACUCCGGCGUUUGUACACACCAAUAACAGUUGACCACAACUAUUAUCCGACGCCUUACAAAAAUAAAAUAUACGCCCUGAUUAAUAUAACGAUGAUGAAUAAAAAUAAUUUUCAACUUCUCGUUAGAUGGGUUUGCGUUGCCUGCUUCAAGCAAAAUUAUGAUUAUUGGGUUUUGUCUACUCAUGAAAGAUCGGCGGAAAUAGAAUAAUUAGUUUUUUACCGACAGGUAUACACAGUGUUUCUCAUUGAUUCACAUAUGUAUAUACUAAAUAUCUCCAAAACUAAUUGUAAGGAUUUUUUGGCAAAAAUCAUCUGUAGUCACUUUAGUUGUGAUGGCAGAAAUCAGUUCUUACAGUUCAAAACACAACAUAAGAAGUUGACAUAAAAAAAAAAAAAAAGGUAUUUUUUAAAACCAAUGCAAAGGUAAGAGCUUUUAAUUCUUGUUUGAAGAACGUGGUGGUUCUCGAACGUUUCACUUCUAUGCUCAAUUCUCGGUAUUAAAUCUGCUACCCAUCGAUGGCAAUUGUUGAAAACAGUAGUUUGCAACAUAAGUAUUCACGCAAAUAAAACUAUGUAAAGGGUUAUAGUAUAGUUAUUCAUUUGUACUACAAUACCCAUAUUUAUUUCUCCUGUGUAGAGACUAAUACUCGGACAAUGUUCAGUCUGAUAGGACAUUGCUGUAAGAGCUUCCUCACCUGGUUGAGCUUGAAGAUCUUGAGCAGUUGACUCACGAUGAUAUAACACAAAUUUGUGGAAAUUGGACAGUUCUAAAUAAUUAUACAACAAAAGUGAGAUUGAAUAUAAAAUCUUUGCAACAAAGCAACAAACGCCUGGAGAUGGAUGCGGGAAGUCCUAAAUCAUUUGUUGUAUUCUAAGAGAUAGGAUUAUGGUAAAAGAUUUUGCAGCUGUUGAGAUGCUCAGUGUGCAUGUUGGCAAUGAUUCGUGCAUCACUUAUUAGCUUUGUUUAACAUUACUCGAAUAUGUUCAUAAAAUUUUUAAUCAGUCUUGAAAAUGUGCAGCAGUAUCACUAAAAUUGAGACCAAAAAAAUUACACACUUCCAUGAAAUGAUACAAUAAAUUUAUCAAUCAUUUGGUAUGUAUACAUUGAUGUGCCCACGGUGACUGGAAGACCUCUUGAAAAAGACGACUUUCUACUAAUGACUAACCCAUUGUGGCGCAUGAUGGUUAAUAUAUUCUUUCUGCACAUUUCUUUGGAAAUUUCGGGGAUUUUCUUACCGUUGAAAGUGUGAUACUAUCCGCAUAAAAGUCUGGAAAGCUGUGGAAGACAGUUCGCCGUAACAUUGCUGGUCGUUGUUAGAAGGUGGAAUCGAUGAAUCAAUCUUGAGUAUAUCAAAACACAAUAACGUCGUAAGAACUUUGUAAGAACUAUCCCUAUUUACAAAUGUGGCUGUAAAAGGCAACAAUAAAAUGACGUCUCACAGUCAGAGGUACAACUCAGAGAGUCCAUAAAAAAAAAAAAAAAAAACGAUUUUCACAUCACGACGAUCUGUAUCUCAGCAAUAACAUGAUGAACUCGUAUGCAUAUGCAUCUUAAUUCAUUAAUUUGCAAUCUGCCUGCUUCAUUUAUAACCCUUUUUUUUAUAAGAAGAAUCUUCAGGAAUCGAGCACAUAAGAAUAAAUUGAGAAUGUUACUCUCCUACAUGGAAGAGCAUUUGGAAGUCAGCAACAGUAAUACAAAUAAUCAACCUAGGAUCCGUGGACAAUGACGAACAUGAAAAAAUGUUGAGUCGCUUAGCUACAGAAAAUGAAUGAACUAGGACCCGUAAUGAGAGAUACGUAUGGUAACCCAUACCUACCUACGUAUAGUACGGACCUACCUAUAAUCCACGUUUUUCCAUAGAUCAGUGAUUUCAUACUUUCGGCGGUGACCGAGAAUUCCAUCGACAUUCGCCGUCUGCUUGGAGCUUGGAGCAUGUAUGUAUAGUACGUACGUGCUUCCAAGGAGUUCUUCCGUCCCUUGUCGUUGGUAUUGCGACUAUGGAAGAGAGGGAGGACCCGUCGAUCCUUUGGGAACGGUGUUCACUUCAGUCCAGUCUCUAGCCAACCGUCCGUUCGUCGGGGUCGCGACGUCGCUCGACGGAGGUGUUCGUAACCAUGUUGUAACGGUUUAUCAUUUCGGGGACAUGAUUCUGGUCAUCGUUGUAUUCGAGGUAUACAAAAAGCGUUUCGUUAUUUGUGAUUCUCGUGGCGAUGUUUUCAUCGCUAUCCGGUAUCUAUGUUCGUGUCCAAUUCUUGAUCUCGCGUCACGCAUCGCGACGCCUGUUACGAUCGCGUCGUUCAAGAGUCCUUAAAUCGAAUCGCAAGUUACGUUCGUAAUUUUUCACGGUAUAAAUUUCGUUUUUCGGUUAAUCGAAAAUCGUGAUUUUUAAACUUUGUGACGCCGAUCGGGCUAACCAAGAGUGGCGCAUAAAAAAAAUUGCGGAAAUAUUCAACAAGUGAGAGAAGAGUUGUGACUCGGAUGCUUGUGAAGUUGCCGUGUAACGUAGAAACUGGCAUACCCAUACGUGGUCAGGUGUACGUAUGUACAUACGUAUACGUACGACAUACAUGGAGUGCUGUGUGCAGUGGGGUUCGGUGAUAUGAACGCUGGGUUAGGCAGCGUUACCUCCGAUACGAAAAUUUUCCAAGCAGGUACUUCGGUGCCUUCGAUCGAAGGUUAUUUUUGGUUAUACGUACAUACGUACGACGGAGUAUUUACCCAUCAUCGCGAUAAUCAUAAUCAGCUUUAUCAACAUCGUACCGUGAUUAAAAAUUGAGAGCACAGUGCAGGUUACGUCGAUUUUUUCCAUCAACUGUUGACCGUCGUGCAAUUGUCGGUGAAUUUUCAGUGCGUUUGGUUCUUGAUUAAGGAUUAAUUAUCGUCACCCACGGCCUGCGGAUAUUCAAAUUGGAAUGUAGUAUACAGAUGCGUGGCAGGAAUGGCGGAGAAGGUGCGCGAGGCGUCUCUCCGUGGCGAUGUCCCGCGUCUCGCUCGCCUCCUCGACGACGCCGUAAAACCGCUUCCGGACGAGCGAGGAACGAGUCCGCUUCUGCUAGCUGCCGCGGGAGGACACGCGGAUGCUUGCGCGACCCUCUUAUCGCAUGGGAGCGACGUAAACGCCGCUGACAACUCGGGUUCGGCCCCGCUCCAGAGAGCUGCCGCCGAAGGACAUCUCGACGUUGUGGAACUUCUUCUCGAGCAUGGCGCCGAUAUCGGCAAACAGGACACCGUCCACGGGAACUCGGCCCUCCACGAAGCGUCUUGGCGAGGCUACAGCCGUACGGUUUCUGCCCUUGCGAAAGCUCUCGGGACUCACAGAGCUCCCCUUCACGCGCGCAAUCUGACCGGUUUUGCACCUUUGCACCUCGCUUGUCAAAACGGACACAAUCAGAGCUGCAGGGAACUCCUUCUCGCAGGAUGUAAUCCCGAUCUACAAAACAACUACGGAGACACGCCUUUGCACACCUCCGCGCGCUACGGACACGCUGGAGUUACAAGGAUUCUCAUCUCGGCGUUGUGUCGUGUGUCGGAUCAGAAUAAAAACGGCGACACUGCCCUGCACAUCGCGGCAGCAAUGGGACGGAGAAAAUUGACGAGGAUCCUGUUGGAAGCGGGCUGCGACAGAACCUUGAGGAAUAAACAGGCGGAAACAGCGAAGGACAUCGCACGUAGAAAAAAUCUAUCCGAAAUUUUAGAUAUCAUAUGUAAAGCCCGUAGUAGAAGCAGGGCUCAAGCUAAAGGCAAGGACGAAGAAUCCAAGGACGAUAAGUCAAUGGAUCGGGGAUUUACCGAUAAAAUAGACUCGCGCCAGAAAAGCGGCAAAGGGAAUAAAAAACGGGAGAAGACCGGCAGCGGUACCAGCGGAAGUAGAGACGGUAAUUCUAAGAAGGAAAAAAAGAAACUGAAGGGCGGUAAACAGCACAAAGUGCGCUUCGAAAAAGCCGUUGGAAAACAGUGGUCUCCUUACGGGUGUCAUUACUAUCCGGAUCCCGAAGCUUUCCCUCAACCGAGACUGGAUUCUCUGCCGUCGGAUCCUCUGGCGCGGGGGGAACAGUAUUACCUCGAUCUAGCUGGGAACAUUCGUAAGGGACCGGUGGGUGUCGGGUACACCUGUUACUGCGCACCAUUUUUCCGACACAUGGAAGCCAAGUUGGAGAGAGACAAAGCUGAGCUGAAAGCCCACAUAGAUCAGGCGCACGAAAGACUGGAUCUAAAAGUCACCAAUUUGGAACGACGUACGAGAGGUCAGAUUUCCGAAUUGACCAGAUGCGUCGUUGCCGAAAGGGCGAGAUGCGACGAAAGACAUUUGCAUUUGCAACAGUGGCUUUCCAGAGGAGGUCGCGGUAGGCGCAGUGAAAGACCACCGCGCCCCGUCAAUGCGAAUCCACAACCUCCGACCAGGGCAAGAUCCUUAGAGGACUUACUCGACGACAGACCACAGGAUCGAAGCUUCGAGAUUCCCGGCGAAACCCCGGGUCGCGGUGGAAGCCUCGAUGAUCUGGAUAUUCCCGCUAUUCCUAGACUCAGCAAGUCCAUGAGAGACCUUCCCUCGGGAAGUGGAUCCGUCAGACCGGCAUUGAGGGUUUUAGAUGUACCUUCCCGACUCGACCCAAGUUUCGAUGCGGCGCUAAAAACCGAUCGAACUUCUCCUUUGGGAAAAGCUGUGUCACCGUCACUCGGAUCGAAACAUCAAGUACUCGAGUCACAGUUCUCGAGCUCCGAUGGUCAUGUGACGAGCUCUCGUCGCAUGGGAGUGGUCAACGCGCGUUCCAAAAAUAGCGAGGAACAUCCAUGCGGCGAUUGGCGCAGAGCUGCUCCGGGUCGGCGGAGCGUUCACGAGAUGAUACAGCGUUUUCAAAGUGUACCUGGAAUGCAUAACGGAUGGAGAGGAGGACAGCGAUCGGGAAGUAGCGAACCGACUAGUCCGGACCACAGCCAAAGUUCCCAAAAUCUUAGAGUACAGCCUCAGGGAGGAAUUGGUAAUGGAUGGCGUGGGGAAGGAGAGGGUAACGAUUCAGAAAGCAGCGAAGGUGAGGACGACGCCGUACAGCCGGAACCUGUUAACGAAGGACCAGCGCUGAAGGGGAUGCCGUCCAAUGAUGUCCCUUACGAGACUAUAGCCAGAUUGCCGUACAGGUCUCGUAACGCAGUUUACAGCCCAACACCACCUUUACACGAUACGCAUAACGAUUCGGGUUACAGUACACGCAUGUACGGGUCGAGCAAAGGCGCAUCACCUUCUCUGUCAGGUCAACUAGAUUGUGAUGGGAUCGUAACGGGCACCUCUCAGAGCAUCUACCCGAGUGGGGAUCAAUUCGCUGCUUUAUUGGAACAACCGAGAGGACGUGAUCUUACGUCCUACGAGCGUACAGCUGACAAUGUUGUGAUAAAUAUUGGCGCAGCAAGUUUAGUUUGAUAAGAAUACAAUCACCGAAAAUAAUUGAUUGAAUGGAAGCGAACGGAGAAAAUUCAUCGGAGAAAUUCAGUCAAUGAUUUCAUGAAAAAAUGCGGCAUUCGCAAAUUGUUGCAACACUUUUAGCGCACACUAGGUAUAUUUCUAGGUAAUAUUUUGCAGAACUGGUCAAUCUGUUCAAGUUUAUAAUCGAGACUAUACUAAAAAUACUCAUGAGCUGAUAUUCAAAUCAUAUUAUCAACAUUCGAGCACGAAUUAACAAAACUCAAAGACCGACCGCAACUAUCAAAUUUCUUCUCAACUGAUAUGAUGAUUAAUUUGCUUUCAGCCGCAUGGAACUGUAAGCGUACCGAUAACGUUGAUUUAUCACGCCCAAGUUUUUGUCUCGUCGUUUCCCAGAACACAUGAGAUACUUACGAUGAGAUUGGCGAACACUUUUGUCAAUAAACCCUCCAUUCGUUGAAUAGAGGACACAAAAAAUGUAGGUAAAAUAUACUCGCCAUACAUCAACUGAUUGGAAAUUGUUUAAUAAAAGAUUAUUUAUUUUUUACGGA